CAGUAAAACAAACAUGUAAAACAGAUGAAAUAAGAAGAGGCAUGAUCCCUUCAUUUUAGGUUAGCAUUUACCAAGCUGGCAAAACUAGGGAUCAUCCAGUGUCCCUAUGUCUGUUGAGGUUGUUAAAGGAUGGUCAAGUAAUCCGGGCCUAAAUAUCCUCCCCUCCAUGUCUGGUUCAUUUGAGGCAUUACGCAAUAAUAUUUGCGUUUACUCGGCAAGGGAGGAGAAUUUUUUUUUUUUUUUCUCUCUGUUAAUUUUUUACGUUUAAUCUUGAUCAUCACCCACCAAUUGCUUUUCUCUAAUGGUUUGAAUGAAUGUAUUUCUUCACAUUUUAAGAUAUAAAAACUGAGAUAUGCUGCAGAGAGCAGCCAGCAAUGCAUAUUCAUGGUGGUGGGCAAGCCACAUAAGGACAAAGCAGUCGAAAUGGCUGGAAGAAAACCUUCAAGAUAUGGAGGAAAGGGUGACCAACAUGCUCAAAAUCAUCGAAAACGAUGGGGACUCUUUUGCAGAAAGAGCCGAAAUGUACUAUAGGAAGAGGCCAGAGCUUAUUGGACAUGUGGAAGACUCCUACCGCUCGUAUCGAGCAUUGGCGGAGAGAUAUAAUCUGCUAUCAAGAGAGAUGCAAAGUGCCAAUCGCACCAUUGCGGCUGUCUUCCCAGAACAAGUUCAAUAUGAAGUGGAUGAUUAUGAUGACAAUGAAGCGAACAACCCCGCCUCCACUUCUUCUGAUGAUGCCAAGAAGCCAUGCAAUGUUUCCAAACGAAAAGUUCCGGAAGUCCCCCCCAUGCCAAAGAAAGAAUUCAAGAAUCGGUCCUCGUUACUGUUAAAAAGGGCGCAGCUAAAUAGAACUUCUAGCACUGCUAAAGCUGCUGCACCUCCAUGUUCAGGCCUGAGCCAAGAAGAGGCCAUAGAGGAAAUUGAUAAGAUUCAGAAAGAAAUUUUGGCACUGCAGACUGAAAGAGAGUUUGUACAAAGCAUAUAUGAACGCAGUUACGCAAAAUGCAGCAAAAUUGAUAACCAAAUAACUGAUAUGCAGGCUAGAGUUAGCAGCUUACAAGAUGAGUUUGGUAUUGGCAAUGUUAUUGAUGAUGAUGAAGCUAGGACUUUGAUGGCAGCCACAGCUCUAAAAUCAUGUCAGGAGACCUUGGUUAAGUUGCAAGAGAAACAAGAGCAAUCAGCACAAGAGGCUAAAGUAGAGAGCCGAAGGGUAAAGGAAAUGAUCAAGAAGUUCUCAAACCUCCAAGGAGAAUUUCAUUCCGAUGAAACAAAUCUGCGAGUGCCAACUGUUGAAAAAGAGACUGAAUCAGAAAACAUAGAUCAACCUGAUACAGAAUUAUUGCGGAAGAAGAUUAAGAAAGAGCUGGAAGCAGAUUCCAAUUCCUCCCUCACAGUGAUGCAACUGGCAGGAAGGAUCGAUGAGCUUGUUGAUAAGGUUGUCAGCAUAGAAACUGCAGUUUCUUCUCAACAUGCUCUCAUAAACGUUUUAAGGUCAGAAGCAGAUGGCCUUCAGGAAAACAUUAAGACCCUGGAAGAGGAGAAGGAGAUUCUCAUGGAAAAUUCGGAGAUCAUGAGCAACAAGCUAAAGGAGUUGGAGGAGGAAAUGCACAGAGUGAAAAGCCUUGACCAAAAUGUCAAAGACCAAAAUCAGAGCCUUCAAUCACAUUUCACUGUAGCAAGUUGUAAAAUUGAUCAUUUGACUGUGAAGUUACAAACUGUGAAGCCAGAUGAGGAUGUAGAGAAUGCAGGCAUGACUAAAGAUGAGGUAGCUGAGGUAGCUGCCCCAGAUACCGAAACAGACGGAGAGAGUAAAGAAAAGGAAGAGAAGAAAGAUGAGGUUACGAAUUCUAUCGAAGCCAAGGGAUUUGACCCAAACCAAAAGUCUGAUGAUGGGAAGAAAGAUUUGUCACAUGCAGAGACUAAUCUUGACAAUCUGGUAGAGGAACUGGGGAAUGAUGAGGAAGAAGAUCAACCAAACUGGAGGCGUCUUUUUGCGAGUGGUCUAGAAGAUAGAGAAAAGCUUUUACUGGAGGAGUACAUGAUGGUCCUUCGGAAUUAUAAGGGAGUGAGGAAGAGGCUUGGUGAUGUGGAGAAGAAAAAUCGAGAUGGGUUCUUUGAAUUGGCACUGCAGAUAAGAGAAUUGAAAAAUGCUCUAUCGGUGAGGGAUGAAGAGAUUCAAUCUUUACGGAAAUUAAGCUUUCUGCAAAAACAUGAAGAUGAAAAUAAUGAUAUUAAUUCAACAAAAGAUAAGUAUUCUGUUCCUAUAGGGUCUCCAGAAAGCACGAUAAUAGCACCUAGCAUCCUGGAUUCUAAUCACUCAAACCUUAGUUCUCCUCAUCAGCCAAUUUUUGAGUCUGCACAUGAACAUCACAUAGAAUCCAGAAGAAGAAUGCAUGAAUUAGCUGCAAUUGGAGGCAAUAAUAUGUCCGAUCCGAAGGAGAUUAGAAAUGAGAUCAAGAUGAAAAGUGUUGAUACACUCCACAUUGCUUCAGCUAUUGAAGAAAAAAUCCGUUUGGACAUUGAUGGACUGCUGGAGGAAAACUUGGAGUUCUGGCUGAGAUUUAGCACCUCAUUUCAUCAAAUACAAAAGUUCCAUACUUCAGUCCAAGACUUAAAGACGGAGCUAGCAAAGCUGACAGAUAGCAAAAGCCAAGAUGGAAGUGGUAAAAAUAAAUCUCUCAUCUCAGAAGCUCGGCCGAUAUACAGACACCUGAGACAGAUACAAACAGAAUUAACAUUAUGGUUGGAGACCAAUUCAGUAUUCAAAGAAGAACUGCAUGGCAGAUAUGCAUCUUUGUGCAGUAUUCAAGAAGAGUUAUCAAGAGUUAUGAGUGAAACUUCCAAAGCAGAAGAGCCUGAACUAAGCGUAUAUCAGGCAGCUAAAUUUCAAGGUGAGAUUCUCAACAUGAAACAAGAAAACAAGAAGGUUGCAGGUGAGCUUCAGGCAGGUGUGGACCGUGUGAUCGGUCUAAAGGAUGAAGUUGAGAAGACACUGUCAAAAAUGGAUGAUGAGCUUGGAUUUUCAGAAUCUAAACAAAGAUCAAUACGUUCAAGGAUCCCCCUGCGGUCUUUCUUAUUUGGUGUUAAGUUAAAGAGGCACAAGAGACAGAAGUCAGCAUCACUCUUCGCAUGUGCAUUUCCUGAAUUUGAUGAUCUAAAAUAUGAUAUGCCCGUGGAGGAACACCCACAAUAGACUGCCUUCUCCCUUUCCUUUCCACCUUUUCUUUCAAAUCUCUAAGAACUAUUGAAGAAGGGACCCAUCUUAGUAGAUUUUUGUUUCUCUCCUCCAUGGCCCUGAUUCUGAUAGCUUUAGAAACACAAGGUAGAAUUGGAUGAAAGCAUUAUGUUCCUACAAUUGUUUGUAUCAUGUUCUAUUCAAAUAUUUUAGUUUAACAAGUAAACAUCCUCCCUUCUCAGUCCUAAAUGCUCAUCUUUAAUUCUGAAUUCAUAGCAUGCAGCUGCAAAUUGAGAUUGUUAAAAGGGUUCA